CUCUCUCUCUCGCAGCUCUAUGCCGAGAAGGUGGCCACCCGAGGACUGUGCGCCAUCGCCCAAGCCGAAUCCCUGCGGUACAAGCUUUUGGGAGGCCUUGCUGUGCGUAGGGCGUGUUACGGCGUCCUCCGUUUCAUCAUGGAAAGCGGCGCCAAGGGUUGCGAAGUGGUGGUGUCGGGCAAACUCCGGGGCCAGCGUGCCAAGUCCAUGAAGUUUGUGGAUGGGUUGAUGAUCCACAGCGGGGACCCCGUCAACUACUACGUGGACACUGCCGUGCGCCAUGUCCUCCUCCGGCAGGGUGUGCUGGGUAUUAAGGUGAAGAUCAUGUUGCCCUGGGAUCCCAGUGGGAAGAUUGGGCCCAAGAAGCCUCUGCCGGAUCACGUCAGCAUCGUGGAGCCCAAAGAAGAGAUCCUGCCCACCACCCCCAUCUCGGAGCAGAAGGGCACCAAGCCGGAGCAGCCGCCGAUGCCCCAGCCUGUGCCCACGGCGUAAGAGGU